AAACCCCGUCUGAAACUGGCUGAAGGCUGUUUCACCUCUCUAAAAGACAUCCCCUCCAGGGUGGUCAAAUGAGUGAUCUCGUGGAAGAAAACUGCGAGAAAAGCUAUUCUUCCCAGGAAACAUCUGCAGAAAAAAAUGUGUCUCCUGAUGAGGACUGCUCAAUAAGACAUAAAAAAUUGCAAAAACUUGAGAAACAAUUAAAAUGCUUAGCCUUUCAAAAUCCAGGACCUCAGGUAGCUGACUUCAAUCCUGAAACUAGACAGCAGAAAAAAAAAGCAUGCAUGUCACAGAUGAAACAAAAUUUUUUUUAUGAGUCCAAAUUUACAAAGAAGUAUGACAAAUAUGGCAGGCUGCUUUUCAAUGACAUAGAUUUAUGUGAUUGCCUGGAAAUGGACUGUCUGGGUUGCUUCUAUCCUUGCCCCAAAUGCAACUCAAACAAAUGUGGACCAGAAUGUCGCUGCAAUAGAAAAUGGGUUUAUGAUAUGAUUGAGACUGAAGCUGGGGAUGUGAUCAGUGAGCUACCAUUUUUUGUCCCUGACUGAUAAUGUUCUGUUAGUUUUUGUGCCUGAACAUUAUUCUUUUUUCUUCAUGUUUUAUUAAAGUAAAUCACCACCUGGCA